CACUGGGCGAAAUUGUUUUCCAUCUAUUGUAUCUCUGGAGUCCCAGCUUUUUGAAUUUUCAAAUGUAUAAACUUCCUAAGCUCAGCUCCGUGUAUAGCGAUAUGUAUAUAUUGGCCAUGGCUUCUGCGUACCCGGUAAAAAGAUUCUUUGCUAACGGGGAAUAAAGGACUUCCUGUGGUAUAAGUGGCGAGAAGCGGAUGUGGAUCCUUAAUUUCUAAGUGCCGUUAGUUUGCCUGGCUAGCUCAAUCGGUAGAGCGUGUGACUCUUAGCAGUACGCGAUCACAAGGUUGCGGGUUCGACCCCCGCGUCGGGUUUCGAUAACUUCUAUUUUUGACCUGCAGAUCAAAAGAAAUUUGACCACACCUGUCAGAUUUUUUUCUCGCCCUUACUCCCUUCCACCAAUGGAUUCCAUCACAAUUUCGCUUCUAAUAGGAUUAGCCCUUGGAAAGAACUAUGUCAUAGCGUCGGUUACUCCAGCCAAGUCUGUGGAACUUAUGCUCCAAGACGCAGUCACGUUGGGUAUUGGUUGCAGUGAUUUCAGCCUCUCACCCCACACUACCGUGGAACACAUCCAGAAGAUCAUUGAAGAACUACAAACCCCAAGGAAUUCACACCACGUGAUAUAUGUCACAGGUCUCGAAGAAACCCCACCUUCAGUGCAACUGUGUCUCCUCGAAUAUCUCAACCAAAAGGAGCGUGUGAGCGGCUUCUUUGCUCGUAACCAAGAAUGUGGAAGAACCCCGAUUCUAGUUCCGGUGUACCGCAUAGUGAAAGAUACCGAAGUGAAUAUCCCCCCGCCUUUGACUGUGAAAUUUUUCUUCAAACAGUACCAUUCGUGUGCUGAGGGCAAUAGGGAACGUCCCCUUACCUCUGCAACAGAAAUCAACGACGUUUCCGGAGGUGUCACCAGACAGCUUUCCAGAGCGCUUUCUAAACAAGUGUCCCGCCCUUCUGUGGUCGAGUCUUCGGGCUUUGUUGGCAGGGUACUGGAGCUUGAAAAGCUUAUCCAGGGUGUGGAAGUCACGUCCGAGGUCCGCCGGUACUAUGGGGAUAUUAUCCUCCUCACGCGCAACCAUCGCUUGGUGCAAGGAGGGUUACCGUUUACGGUAUAUAGCGAUUUUGAGCAGUUUUUGAAGGUCAUUUGCGCGAUUCACGACUACAAGUUUGCCAUCCCAGCAAUGGUGAAGUUGACGGCAAUGAAGUUGCUCCCGCUCAAGGUGAAGAUGAUCUCAAAUGUACAGAUGGAACCGUCUCUACACUGGGGCUCGAACCAGGAAAUUGUGGAGUUCUACUACGAAAACAGCAACCCUGAGCUGAUUGUCGCAGGAGUCUUGAAAACCGUCACCCCUCCAAUCUGAGGGGGCUAUGGCUGGCGACCGCGGUCAGGUAAUGACCGUGUGGUGGGUGAAAUCAGAAUAUUGCCCUACAAUACUUACCCGUAUUAUGAU